AACGGGAUGGCCCGACGAGGGUGUUCAAGACUACAUAUUUGAUCGAUUCGGCAGUCUAGCGCUGGAGUCUAGAAGUUUCGCACAUCUCGCCGGAUAUUGUUGAAAUUCUUCGGUUAAAAGUUUCUUUUAAAAACCAUGCAAUGGAUGUCAUCCAGGAAGUGUUGUUAAUAGUGUUAGAUUUAAUUAAAGUGGUUUUGUUGGCAUUACCUCUGAUUUUUGGUGCAAUAUUUCGGACAUUCUUUCCGCAAAAACUAAAGGACGUCCACGGUCAAACAGUGCUUAUCACCGGCGGAGGCAACGGGUUAGGAAGGGCACUGGCCCUGGAGUUUGCCACCCGGGGAUGUACGGUGAUCGUGGUGGAUAUCGAUCUGGCGGCCGCCGAACAAACUUGCACCGAGUUGAGACGCAAACAAGUGGCUGCCUACGCGUAUCGAGUGGAUGUUUCGUCAUACGAGCAAGUCGAAGCAAUGGCUGUCGACGUGCAAAAAACGGUUGGGCCCGUCGACAUUUUGGUAAACAACGCGGGACUGGUUCACUUCAACUUCCUGGAAGAUACCAGCACAGAAAUUGCGAAUCGAGUGAUUGAUAUCAACGUCAAGUCACACAUAUGGACGACCAAGGUGUUCCUGGAGAAGAUGAUGGACCGCAAGCGGGGCCACAUUGUGGCCAUUUCUUCCAUGUCCGGAAUGUACGCGUUCCCGUGGGCCGUCGUCUACUCGACCUCCAAGUACGCCGUCAACGGGUUCAUGGCCGCUGUGACCGAGCAGCUCCGGCUGCAGGGCUUCAGCGACAAAAUCCAGACGACCUGCGUGUGCCCGUACUACAUUGCUACGCGAAAGGACAUUGUCGAGUUCCUCAAAAAGCCGCGGUUCAAGCUUUUAACCACCGAACACACGGCCCGUGUAAUUGCCAAGGGAAUUUUGCGAAACGAGGUGACCAUUGCAAUUCCGCCGUUCUUCGAUCUCGGUGUUAAGAUUAUGCAGCUGUUUCCAGUUAAAGUCCAGCAACUCGUACGAGAUUAUAUUAUAAGAGAAUAUGAGUUAAAUUCGACGCAGUGAGAUAAUGGAUUAUCUGUCUUUUUACAGAUUGAAUAAAAGGAUGAUAGAUAAUCAUUUAAAAGUU